UUAUAUUAUUUAGUUCUACCUACUACAAAAAAAACUCAAAUAGGGGUGAAUAAUGGGGUGGAUAGAGUAUUACAGGCCAGUAAUGGUUAUGAUGGCCUUGCAGCUAACCUAUGCAGGAAUGUCCGUAUCCGCUAAAGCUGCUCUUUUGCAAGGAAUGAGUCCCCGGGUUUUUGUUCUUUAUAGACAAGCUUUUGGAACUUUGUUUAUUGCCCCCGUUGCCUUCUUUUCACGGAGGAAAGCAAAAGGUAAUUCUAUAGGAUGGGAGAGCUUUUCGUUGAUCUUCAUUGCAGCCUUAUUUGGAAUAACAGGCAACCAAAUGAUUCAAUAUGAAGGCAUAUACUUGGCCUCGGCUUCAGCAGCAAGUGCCUUGUCUAAUCUUAUCCCUGCCAUCACUUUUGUUGCCGCGUCCAUUGUUGGAUUCGAACGAAUAGACAUGCGGAGCGUCAGAACUAUUGCCAAAAUAUUAGGGACGGUUGUGUGUGUCUCGGGUGCUUCUGCAAUGACACUCAUCAAAGGCCCUAAACUACUAAAUGCACAGUUGCCGUCAUCAAAUUCUUUAUUGUUCGAUUCAGUUGAAACUAAUAAUACAUGGCUUUUGGGUUGUAUAUGUCUCUUUGUUAGCUGUAGCUGCUGGUCCUUUUGGCUAAUUUUACAGGUGCCACUCACUCGAAGCUAUCCUGACCACUUAUCGCUAUCUGCUUGGAUGUGUUUUAUUGGAACACUGCAAUGUGCGACGGUUACAUUCUUUACAGAUCCCUCCGUGGAAGCUUGGAAAAUUAAAUCGUAUUUUGAAUUGGGAACUUGCUUAUACGCGGGAAUUUUUGGUUCGGGAAUAUCUAUAUUUGCGCAAUCAUGGGUCAUCCAAAAGAGAGGCCCUGUAUUCGCAGCAAUGUUCAAUCCUUUAAAUACAGUUGUCGUCACAAUUGUCGCUUGUAUAUUUCUACAAGAACAGAUAUACUUUGGAAGUGUGAUAGGUGCAUUUGGAAUCAUAAUUGGGUUGUAUGUUGUCCUAUGGGGCAAAGCCAAAGACGUUGAAGAGCUAAAAGAAGAACAAGAAAAGACGGCAAUGAUAUCGCAAGAUGAUGAGAUCAAGAUCGUCGAGGUUUUGGUUGAUGGAUCGAACCAGCUGGCUGAGCCACUUUUGCCUAAACAAAUCGACAAGUUUUAAUUUGGGUUCUUUGAAUCUAGCAUUGUUGAAGGGGUCCUUUGCGUAAUGCCGAUUCACAAAUUUAAGGUUCCCCAUAUACGAUGAAACCAGUGAACAAAAAUUAAUAAUUUUGUCCCCAAAGUUAAUUUAUUUUGACUUGUAAGCAAAAGCUUUAGUCGUACAUAUAUGUAUUAAAAAAGUAUAUAGAAAGAUUAUUCUUUUGGAAAA